AUGUCCGACCAAGACGUUCAUCCAAGCAAAUACAACAAAUUGCGAACCACCCAUAAAUACUAUAUCGAUUCAUACAAUACAUUGUACCAGCUAAAAACGGAAAAUGAAGAAGAAUUAAAGUCAAUUUACAAAAUGAUCAAAACAGAAUUGAUUGAUUCAAAGAAAUAUCUCCCAACAAAUGCUAUUAAAGGCAUUUUAGAUAUCGUUCCGUAUAAUAAUCGCUAUACAAAGUCAUAUUUAUUUCUUGCCAAACUCAUAUCUGAUGAUUACCAUGUCACAGAGGUCAAAAGUGUUGCACUUAUUUCAAACUUCCUGUUUUUUAAAGAAUAUGGAAUUAAAUUAGACAAAUCUGCCGAUUUUGAAUUCUUUGACUCGGAAAAUCUGGAUAUUCAUACAGAAAAUACAAUUUACAGAGCAAUUAUGAAUAAUGACAAAGAAAAAUUCAUCUCAUUCACCGAAAGGCAAGGAUUUGAUACAGAUCAAAAACUUAAAAGCAGAUUAUACCCACAUCCUUACGAAGAAUAUUCAUUACUUGAAUUAUGUUGUUACCACGGAGCAGUUGAUUGUUUCAAGUUUUUAAGAACAAAAUUCAGCUCAGAAAUAACUGCAAAAUGUCUUCUAUUAUCAUUUUUAGGAGGAAAUCCGGAGAUCAUGAGUGAAUGUUUGAAAUAUCAAAAACCAGAUGAAGAAUGCAUGAAAUAUGCAAUUAUCUCGCACAACAUUGAUUUUGUUACAUUCUUGAUGAAUGAAUACAAAUUAGAGAUCAAUUUAAAAUACUGUGGACUUUACAACAAUUUUGAAUCCUAUUUAGUUUAUUUCGAUCAAACUAAUGAUAUAAACAAAUGCUUUGUUUUUUCACCGAUUUUUAAUAAUCCAUCCUUUUUGGAAGACUUCCUUUCACAUGGUGCGAAUAUCAAUGAAAAAGAUAAAAAGAGGAAAACCGCUCUUCAUUUUGCAGCAAAAAAUAAUAAUAAAGAAACAGCUGAAGUUCUUAUUUCACAUGGUGCAAAUAUCAAUGAAAAAGAUAAUAACGGACAAACAGCACUUCAUACUGCAGCAGAACAUAAUAGUACAGAAACUGCUGAAGUUCUUAUUUCACAUGGUAUAAAUAUCAAUGAAAAAGAUAAAAAGAGGAAAACCGCUCUUCAUUUUGCAGCAAAAAAUAAUAAUAAAGAAACAGCUGAAGUUCUUAUUUCACAUGGUGCAAAUAUCAAUGAAAAAGAUAAUAACGGACAAACAGCACUUCAUACUGCAGCAGAACAUAAUAGUACAGAAACUGCUGAAGUUCUUAUUUCACAUGGUAUAAAUAUCAAUGAAAAAGAUAAAAAGAGGAAAACUGCACUUCAUAUUGCAGCACAAUAUAAUAAAAAAGAAACUGCAGAAGUUCUUAUUUCACAUGGUGCAAAUAUCAAUGAAAAAGAUGAUGAUGGAUAUACUGCUCUUCAUAUUGCAGCAGAACAUAAUAGUACAGAAACUGCCGAAGUUCUUAUUUCACAUGGUGCAAAUAUCAAUGAAAAAGAUAAUAACGGACAAACAGCACUUCAUAUUGCAGCAGAACAUAAUAGUACAGAAACUGCAGAAGUUCUUAUUUCACAUGGUGCAAAUAUCAAUGAAAAAGAUAAUAACGGACAAACAGCACUUCAUAUUGCAGCAGAACAUAAUAGUACAGAAACUGCAGAAGUUCUUAUUUCACAUGGUAUAAAUAUCAAUGAAAAAGAUAAAAAGAGGAAAACCGCUCUCCAUAUUGCAGUAGAGAAUAAUUGUAAAGAAAUAACAGAUAUUCUUAUUUCACAUGGUGCAAAUAUCAAUGAAAAAGAUAAAUAUGAAGAAACUGCACUUCAUAUUGCAGUAGAAAAUAAUAGUGAAGAGAUCGCAGAACUUCUUAUUUCACAUGGUGCAAAUAUUAAUGAAAAAAAUAAACAUGGAAAAACCGCUCUUCAUUUUGCAUCAGAAUAUAAUAGAAAAGAAACUGCCGAAGUUCUUAUAUCACAUGGUGCAAAUAUCAAUGAAAAAGAUAAAUAUGGACGAACUGCUCUUCAUAUUGCAGCAUGGUAUAAUAGUAAAGAAACUGCUGAAGUUCUUAUUUCACAUGGUGCAAAUAUCAAUGAAAAAGAUAAUAAUGGAGAUACUGCUCUUCAUAUUGCAGCAGAAGAUUAUAGUAUAGAAAUUGCAAAAGUUCUUAUUUCACAUGGUGCAAAUAUUAAUGAAAAAAAUAAGCAUGGACAAACCGCUCUUCAUUUUGCAUCAGAAUAUAAUAGAAAAGAAACUGCCGAAGUUCUUAUUUCACAUGGUGCAAAUAUUAAUGAAAAAAAUAAGCAUGGACAAACCGCUCUUCAUUUUGCAUCAGAAUAUAAUAGAAAAGAAACUGCCGAAGUUCUUAUAUCACAUGGUGCAAAUAUCAAUGAAAAAGAUAAAUAUGGACGAACUGCUCUUCAUAUUGCAUCAGAUUAUAAUAGUAAAAGAGCAGCUGAACGUCUUAUUUCACAUGGUGCAAAUAUCAAUGAAAAAGAUAAUAACGGACAAACAGCACUUCAUAUUGCAGCAGAACAUAAUAGUACAGAAACUGCAGAAGUUCUUAUUUCACAUGGUAUAAAUAUCAAUGAAAAAGAUAAAAAGAGGAAAACUGCACUUCAUAUAGCAGCAGCAAAGAAUUGUGAAGAGAUGGCAGAAGUUCUUGUUUCAUAUGGUAUAAAUAUCAAUGAAAAAGAUAGAAAGAGGAAAACCGCACUUCAUAUUGCAACAGAAUGUAAUAGCAAAGAAACUGCUAAAGUUCUUAUUUCACAUGGUGCCAAAAUAUAA